AACAUUUUUCUAAAAAGUGCCCUACACCCUGUCUAUUACCAAAUAUAAGAUUAUUGCCAUCACUAAGUGCAACACACGUGGUUUUUGUGAUAAUGUUUAUGUUGUACUUAUCAUAAACCUGUAAACUUAAAUUGUUGUUUAGAGAACUUUUAGUCUUUAAAAGUUAUUUGAAUAUUGUAAUAUUCCUUACUAUGAUUUAUCUUGAUUAACUCGUUUUUUUAUUUAUUUUGCUUUAUUUAAUUUACUAUAUUAUUUACAUUGUCUCAUAUUUUUUUAAAUUAUUUUUUAUUAAAAUUAUUUUAAUCAAUACUUAUUAAUUUAAAGAAAAAAAAUUCUAUAAAUUACAUUAUAAGUUGGUGACUUAUACAUUAUAAUAUACAUUAAAAUAUACAUUAUGAGUGAUUUAGAAGAUGAUGUGAAAAAAGAACAGUCAGAGUUAGACAGAACAUUUGUUUUUGAAGAUGAAGGUCAUACUCUAGGCUCAUUACUCACUUAUGUAUUAGAAAGUUUUCCAGAGACUGAAUUUUGUGCCUAUUCAAUUAGGCAUCCAUCAGAGAAUAAGAUAUAUCUACGUUUAAAAGUUAGACCUGGUAAUAGUGUAGAAGAAGUUUUCAAAAAAGGUAUUCAUGAGUUAAACAAAAUGAUGAAUCAUGUUAAAAAAACAUUUAAGGCUCUAGUUACUUAUGAAAAUUCUAUUAAAACAAAAUAAAAUUAUAUCCAUGUGCUAAUAAUCUUUUUUUAAUAUUUGUAAAUAAAAUGAAUGCACUUAAAAAAAUUAAUUGUAUACUAUUUUACAAAACUUUAUAUCGGGCUUUAUUAAUCAUAUGAUGUGCAGAUGUUUGCAUUUUUAAUAAUUCCUCUUUAAUGAGACGAGUAAUUUCUAUUUUAGCUUUAGAUACAGCUAAUUCAUCCGUACUUUCUAUAGCUAAAAACAGCUUUCGCUCUCCUUCAGGGGGGUUUUUAGGUGGUGGGUAAUAUGUUCCUCUAACAGUUAUGCCAGCUUCAGAAUAUUCUGAUAUUUGUGCUAAUGCUUCCUGAAAAUACAAAGCAACUUUAAAAUGAAGAACACUAAAAAAAUUAAAAUAUACAGACUUUAGAUGUGACUCUCCAUCUGGCCUGCUGUGGGAAAUCAUUUAUUUCUAAUUCUUCCUCAUAUUUUCUAAAAACUUCUUCACCACCAUUUUCUGCAAUGUCUGUAAAAUCAGUUUCACCAUCAUCAUCUUUAGGUUGAUAAUUGAGCCUCGUGUUUAAUUUAGCUGCUAAUUGUUCUGCUACUGUUUUAGCUGUUAUGACUGGUUGUGAGCUAGCAAGACCCCCUUUUAAUAUAGCUUCAGCUGUUUGCUGUGAUGCUCCCUUAGCAUCAGGACCAAGAUUUUUAGCAAUAUGAAUACGAGAGGCUAAACGUUUUGCUAAUUCUAAUCUU